CCCGGCUCUGCACCAUUCGCUGGGCCCACUUGGUUCAAGUGGCAGCCCCCCCUUUCCUCUGGGAAUCCGGAUACACCGGGAAGUCAGGGAGGGGCCGGGGGAGCCCGGAGCGCGGAGGAGCCAGCGCUGUCCAGGCAGCUGAAUCGCCUGGAGGGAGCAGAAGAUGGACGCCCCGCGAAGCCCCCCGCAGCGGGGCCGGGACCUGCUGGAGUCCCCCGAGGGCUGCCCGUCACCGCUGGAGCUCAAGUCCGCCCCCAGCAAGAAGAUGUGGGUGAAGCUGCGGGCACUGCUGAGGUACAUGGUGAAGCAGCUGGAGAAUGGCGAGGUGAACAUCGAGGAGCUGAAGAAGAACCUGGAGUACACAGCUUCACUGCUGGAGGCCGUCUACAUCGAUGAGACCAGACAAAUCCUGGACACAGAGGAUGAGCUGCAGGAGAUCAAGUCGGACGCGGUGCCAUCCGAGGUGCGGGACUGGCUGGCCUCCACCUUCACCCAGCAGACCCGUGCCAAAGGCCGGCGCUCUGAGGAGAAGCCCAAGUUCCGCAGCAUUGUCCAUGCUGUUCAGGCCGGCAUUUUUGUUGAGAGGAUGUUCCGCCGGACGUACACAGCCGUGGGGCCUAACUACUCCACCUCUGUCAUCAACUGCCUGAAGACCCUGGACCUGUGGUGCUUCGACGUGUUUGCGCUGAACAGGGUGACAGAGGACCACGCCCUGCGCACCAUUGUCUUUGAGCUGCUCACCAGACAUAACCUCAACAGCCGCUUCAAGAUCCCCACUGUGUUUUUAAUGACCUUACUGGACGCACUGGAGGCUGGCUAUGGGAAAUACAAGAACCCCUACCACAACCAGAUCCACGCGGCUGACGUGACCCAGACUGUGCACUGCUUCCUGCUGCGCACUGGCAUGGUGCACUGUCUGACAGAGAUUGAGGUCCUGGCCAUCAUCUUUGCAGCUGCCAUCCAUGACUAUGAGCACACGGGCACCACCAAUAGCUUCCACAUUCAGACCAAGUCUGACUGCGCCAUCCUGUACAACGACCGCUCGGUGCUGGAGAACCACCACAUCAGCGCCGUCUUCCGCAUGAUGCAGGAGGACGAGAUGAACAUCUUCAUUAAUCUGGCCAAGGAUGAGUUUGUGGAGCUGCGGUCCCUGGUGAUUGAGAUGGUCCUGGCCACGGACAUGUCCUGUCACUUCCAGCAGGUCAAGUCCAUGAAAACCUCCCUCCAGCAGCUGGAGAGGAUCGAUAAAUCGAAAGCGCUGUCGCUGCUGCUGCAUGCAGCCGACAUCAGCCACCCCACCAAGCAAUGGAGCGUCCACAGCCGCUGGACCAAGGCUCUGAUGGAGGAGUUCUUCAGACAGGGGGACAAGGAGGCUGAGCUGGGCCUGCCCUUCUCUCCGCUCUGUGAUCGCAAGUCCACGCUGGUGGCGCAGUCCCAGAUCGGUUUCAUCGAUUUCAUCGUGGAGCCCACUUUCUCGGUGCUGACAGACGUGGCGGAGAAGUUUGUCCUCCCGCUGGUGGAAGAAGGCUCCAAGUCUAAGUCCUCCUCCAGCCAGCAGAGCAGUUCCCAAUGGAGGCAGCCAUCCCUGGAUGAGCAUUCAGAGCUGGGUGACAUCAACGCCGACAUCACCAGCUUCCGCUCCACCUGGACCAAAUACAUCCAGGAGAACAAGCAGAAGUGGAAGGAGCGAGCGGCCAGCGGGAUCACUAACCAGACAUCCAUUGAUGAGCUGUCACCAUGCGAAGAAGAGCCACGUGCGCCCGAAAACCAGCACAAUCAGAACGGCGAUGUGGAAUAGCACAGUCUGCGAGGGAGUGAGGUCCCAUUUCCAACUGAAUGAUGCAGUUUAGUCCAAAGUCUUCGAUGCCAUCGAAAUCAACAUCAUCGCAGGAGGAGCUGCCGCAGGCCAGAGGGCGAGCGGGAACAACCGUUGCCAAGAUAUAAAAAUUAAUGUAAACCUUAGAGUCAAGGGAAAUCCUGAUGUCACCGAGCACAUGGCCUGAACCCAUCAAAGCCUUGCCUCGCCGCCACUACCCCAGAGCCCUGGCAUGGCCAGGCCUGCCACCAGCCCUGCCAAGCCAGGUACUAUAGUCCCUUGUUCUAGCUGCCUUCCUGCCCCACCCCUCCAGCUGGGGCUAUCAGAGGCAUCUCACUGCCCAGCCAGCAACCUCCCGGAGCUGCUAGGCCAGGGCUUUGCCUGUGUCUUUUUAGAGGACGUGUUCUCUGGAAUCCCAAUGUACCCGAUGCCCAGGGAUGAUUGAGGUGCAGAAGCUUCAGGGUGAUCCACAGGGCUGUGGGAGGUGUUUGGGGAAUGGGGGGCCAAAUUGGUCACUUGGGGAAUUGUGGACUCCAGCAGUGCCCCCAGGGCAUGUCACAGCUGCUUACCUGCCCACUGGAGCCAGGAUGGAUGACUGCUGCACAAUAUCUGUCUGGGGUGAUGCCUGCACCCCCCAAACUCAGAGCCCCAGGGCCUACCCUUAGAAAAGAGCAUGGGCUGGGUCACCCCUUGUACUCCCAGACAGACACACCCACUCCUCGCAGGCCAGAAUCUCCUCCCCGUCUGCAGUGGGGUCCCUUCAGAGAAGGGUCUGGCCUCCAGUGGCAAACUCUCCUGACUUGCAGCCCCAAUAUGUAUCUACCUGGAGCCCAGUGUUCAAACAGACUCUGAACCAGGCUCAGGCCCACCAUUGUGAGAACAGUUAUUGGGCCCGUACCUGCCAGGCCAAGCCCCCAGCUGUGGUAUGGGAUUUGGGCCCACCUUGAGCCCAGGCUGGAAAAAUGGGCGCCUUGGUGUGACACUCCCUGUGCAUUAAACCCCCUUUCCCAGGGCUCCCC